AUGUUUUUCCCAGAAUAGGAAUAUAAGAUUAGUACUAAAGUAGAUAUUCUACAUAUAUAUUAGAGUGAAGAGGAGUUGAAGAAGUUGACUUUGGAAGAAGAUUUAAGUGAAUGUUAAAGAUCUAUUUAUAUUUUGACAAAGGGAUAAUAAUUGCAAAAAAAAGCUGUAUAUUAUUGUUUUAUAUCUCUAGAUUUAUUCUAAUUUACACAAGAUUUUAAGGGAACCUAAUGCUUUUGAAUUUCUAUUUUAAGUUAUAAUGUAAAUAUAUUAAUUCUACAAUUUCAAGCGAAGAAAUCUAAUAACAAGAAGAAGACAAUUAAAUAAUUGCAGCUAAAUCACUUUAGAAGUUAAUUAAAGAGAAUUCUUUAUAAAUUGAAGAAUUAUUACAAAUUUAUGAUUUGACAACUCAAAUAUUAAAAAUUUGGUCACUUCCAGUUUUAAAUGAAUGGGUUUUAACUAUGGAUAUAUUACUAAGAACAAUAGGCAUAAACAAUAUUCUUAUUCCAGUUUAAUAAUUAAUACUACUUUUAACUGAUAGUUCAUAACCAACAAUGUCUCGUUAAAGCUCUGCUAAACUAAUAGGUACUUUAGCUUAAGUAAUAUUUGUUUUAAAUAUAUAAGCUACUUGGAAAUGAAAUUAAAGGUCCAAUUCUUGAUAGGGCUAGGAAUUUAUGUUCAGAUCAUGAUAAAGAAAUUCGAUUAAUUAUGGCUGAUGAUGUGUUAAUUAAAGUUUGUUAAUCAAUAUCCAGUGAUUUAAUAGAGUGUUAUUUAAUAGAAAAAAUAAUGGAAUUAUAUUAUGAUACUGAUUAAAUUGUAAGAAGUUCAGGUAUGAAGUUAUUUUUUACAAUUGCAAAUAAUUUAUCAGUAGAUGAAAUUAAAAAUAGAUGUACUAAAUAAUUUAUUGAUUCAAUAUAAAGUUAAAAUGAAGAGAAUAGAUUAGUCAUGUCUAAAAUGUGUGGACGAGUAUUUCAUCUUGUAAUUAAAUAUCUUUAUUUAUAAUUAGAUAAAAGAUUAUUUGAAUUAAAAUUAAUUCACACUUUUUCUUAAUAUUUAUAUGUCUUAUCCUAAAAGUAAGAACAUAGAUAUAAGAGUCAACUUUAUUAGUAAUUUCCCUGCUCUUUUAUCUUUGGCAGCAAAGAAAUUUGAAUAUUUUUAAGAAUCUUAUCUACAAUGUUGUAAUGACACUAAUGAAUUUGUUUUAAGAGCCAUAAUCAAUUGUUUUCAUGAAGUUGUACUACUUUCUGAAAAUACUGACAUAUUGUUUUAAGUUUUCAUUAAUUUUAUGAAAUCAAAGAGUUUAACUAUAUUGGAUAUUUUAAUAUUUAGAUUUUCAUCUAUUAUUAAUUCAUUUCAAAAACAAGUAUUAUGUUCAUAAUAUGCUUAGUCAGUAACAACCACAAUUUGGCCAACCAGCACUUGAAUUAUUGAAUAAUCUAAUUACAAGAAAUCUUUGGGAUUUCUAAAUUUAAUUGCUUGAACAAUUUAAAAAAUGCCAGUAAAUUUUUAAUGAUGUUAAUAUGUUUAUGAAUGCAAUGAUUAAUGUAAUUGCUAAGGGUAUUCCUAAAACUAAACAAUUAUGUUGUGAUAAUAUAGCUUAAUAUCUAAGUCAGUAUGGAGAUUUGAGAAAAAGAAAGGAUUGGAUAAUUUAAUUAUUUGAUCUUUAUUUCAAAUCUGAUAUCUACUAUAAUAGAAUUACCUUUAUUAAUAUUGUUGAAUCAUUUUCUGAAUUCAUAUCUAAGAAAUUAUUCAAACAAUAUGAGUUCUUUGAUAUUCUAAUAUUUUCAAAAGAUCCUAUUGUAAAUGUCAGAAUGAGAUUAAUAAAGGUAAUUAUUUAAAAUAAUUGUAGAUUUUACCAUUAUUAUUUAAAAAAAUAGAUAAUGAUGAUCUAAUUAUCUUAAAUAUGUUUAAUGAAGCAGUUUAAGAUUGUAUUAUGAAUGGAUCUCGUUCUUUUUAAUUUAUGAUUCAGUAAACCAAAGAGGAGUUAUUAAAACCUAAUGAUGAAAAUUCAUUAAAUAAAAAAGAUUAAGAAAUGAUGGAGAAAGAAGAAAUCAUAUUUAAGAAUGAUUAAAAGUAAAGACAACUAUUAUUGGAUUAAGAGAGGGAUGAUUUGGAAAUUAAUAAAAUUGAUUUAAAUGAUUACUUAAAUAAAUACAAAAAAAAGUAUCCACUUAGCAAAAUCAAGAAUACCAAUUAAAGUUAAACUAAUUUGUUUAAAAAACAAUAAAUUUAAAAUGGAGCUUCUACCUUAAUAAUUAAGAAAUCAGUAGAUUUUGAUUCCAAGAGUCCUUUAUUAGAAUGUACUUAAAUUACAAAAAAGCCAGUCUUGAAAUCCAAAACUCCUACAACAAAAAGUAUGAGUGAUAUUAAAAAGCAAUUCAAGCUUCCAAGUAUCAAAAAAUGAUAUAUAUUAUAUAUAUAUAUAUAUAUUAAUAUAUGAAAUUAUAAACAAGUAGUAGUUAAGAAUAUUUGAGUUCUAGGCCAUUUGAAACAAAAUAAUCAAAGAAUAUAUUCACUAUAAAUGAUUCUAGAUAUAAACAUAUUAAAAACUUAGAAAAAAAGAACAAAUAGUUAACAAAUAAAUUAGUUGAUCUACAAACUGAUUUGGCACAAAUAGAUGAAUUCAAAAUAGCUAUAUCUCUUGAUAGACCUCCUAUGAAAAAUUCAAGAGCAUUGUUUUUUAGUACAAAUGAUGUAAAGAAGGGGAAGUUACAAUUAGAGCCUUAAGAAAUUAAUGAUGAUUUUCAUCAAAGAAGAAUAGAGAUUAUGAAAGCACAAUUAUAAAAAUAAUAAAGGUAUAUUAAAAGACUUACUACUAUUUUAUAAACUACAAGGAAAUUCUAUGAAGAUCUUAGAGAAUAUAUGGUAUAUAUUACUGUAUGAUAUUUUUAGUAAUACUUUUCUUCAGUUUUGAGGUAAUCUGCAUAAGGGAAUGAUUAUUAUAUAGUUGAACAAAAGGAGACUAUAACAUCUUAAUAAGUCAUUCAAUCACCCACAAAUAAGGAAAUGAAUAAUUAAAAUGAAGAAAUUAAGCAAUAAAAAAAUUAGAUCUAAAAAAAGGUUUAAUUUACAUUAGAUGAUUCUUUUGAUAGAUAGUAGUCUUAAAGUAAAAUACAGAGAAUUACAAAAGAUAAAGAGUUUAUGGAAGUGGCAGAGAAGUAAUAAUAAUACAUUUCAUUAAAAAAUUUAUUAUAAUAAUUUAAGAGUAAUGAAGACAGGGAAAAUUUUAUAUCAACAUUUACAUUAGCAUAUUAAAAGAUUAUAGAUUUUGAGAGAGGGAAUCAAGAUUAUAAAAAUUUAUUGGAAGUAUAAUAAUAAGGAAAGAAUCGAAAGGUAUUUUAUAAACAUCCAAUGAGAUCUCUUAUUCAAAGAUAUGGUUAAUUCUUUCCUGUUAAGAGUAUCUACACUGCAUUUCCAAUGAAGGAUAGAGAAAGAUUAGAUCAUUUUUUAAUAUCUCUUGAAGGGAUGAGUUCAUAAAUUUAAAGAGAUUUAUAAAAAGUGGAUGCAUUUUGGUUAUUUAAAUCAAAUCCAUUUUUUUUUAAAUCAAAUGAUUAUCGAUAAUCUAUAGAAUUACCAGUUUAAAUAUUGGAAGAACCAUAAUUGUUUGAUGAAUUUUUAGCAGAACCUGAAAAACAUCGUGUAAUUAAUUUAGAUUAGAUAAUGUUAUCAAAUUUAGAAAAAGAUCUAUUACAAUUAAUGGAUAGUUUGAUGGAAACGUAGAGAAAAUUUUAGAAUGAAUGUAAUGAUUUGUAAUUUCUACAAAAACCUUAAAUAUCUAAGAUAUCUGAUUAAUUAAGAAAAUCUUUAGAAAGUUUGGUAUGUUUAUCAAGUAUGAUUGGAAAUAAUAAUUUAUAAACAAUAAAUAAAAUGUAUGUAAUUGGUUAAAAAGAUGCUUAUUUAUAUUCACAUUAAAUAUUUAGUUAGAAUGAUUUUGAUUCAAAAUAUUAGAUGUUAGAAUUAUUAUUAAGUGAUCUUUGUUCAUUAGUAUAAGUGAAUGAAAUGAUAAUUGUGAAAAAAGCAUUAAUGAUGUUAAAGAGUAUUAAAAAUAUUUAUGAAAUUUAAAAAAUGAUAACAACAAUUCGAGAAUCUGAAAUAAUUAUAUUGAAAUAGAAACUUGAUUUAUUAUUAUAAGAUUAUUCUGGUGUGAAUACAUUUAUAACAAAUGCAGAAUAAUAAGUAAAAGGAUUCUUCAAUUCAAUAGGAAAUAAAUUUACUUAAGUAAAUAAUGUUUGUAAUGUAUUUUUGGAAAGUGAUAAAAUAAUGGAUUCAUAAUGUAGAAAGUAAUUUGCAUAGAAUCUAAAGAAAUAACUUAAAGAUAUAACAGAUUAUAUUUAAGGUUUGACAUAGAUAGAAAGAAAUGAUAAUUGUAUAAACAUAAAAUAAUUACAAUAAGAAUUCGAUAAAAAAGUAAGUACAUUUUAUGUGAGAAGUGAAUAAUUACAAAGAAUGAAUGAACAAAUAUCAAAGCGUUUAUAAUGA